UUGUGGGUAGUGAAAGCCAAGCUAACGGCGGCCGAUGCCAGUUACGUAGCGCUGUCACACUAUUUGACAAGUACAGUCGAUGAAUGAGCACACAUUUUCAAGAGUAUCAUUUUAGCACGUUUAAUGUCCGUGGCGUUUGAGGAAAGCGGACCUAUGUCGGCGUCGUCGCUGCUCUCCUGCGCACCGGCGCUCCAAGCGAACGAGACGGGGGCUCCCGUGUGGAUGGACCGCGGCGUUUCCGUGCUCUUCUCCAGGGGAGGCAAAUAAAAAAAAAAUUUUUUUUUUAAAGUUGCGGCGGAUUAUCAACCAGCCAGCCAGGGAGGGAGUGGAUGGGUGGCGGCGGUGACGACGACGACGUCCGCGCUGCCGUGCUCCCCGUCGCCUGACUCUUAUUAUUAUUAUUAUUAUUAUUAUUAUAUAUAUAUAUAUUUUUUUUUUUAUUUUAUUUAUUUUUUUUUUAACCCCCCUCUUCCGUCCGUCGAACACUCCUUGGGCUCAAAGAUGUCGACCAGCAGUCCCGAGGCGGUGAAGAAACUGCUGGAGAACAUGCAAACCGACCUGCGCUCACUCUCCAUGGAGUGCAAGAAGAAAUUUCCCCCAGUCAAAGAGGCUGCCGAGUCUGGCAUUGUGAAGAUUAAGACAAUUGCAGCCAGGAAUACCGACAUACUGCCUGCACUCAAGGAGAAUAGCUCCGAAGUCGUGCAGCCUUUCCUGAUGGGCUGCGGCACCAAAGAGCCCAAAAUCACCCAACUGUGUCUGGCUGCCAUCCAGAGGCUCAUGUCCCACGAGGUGGUCUCUGAGGCGGCGGCGGGCAACAUCAUCAACAUGCUGUGGCAGCUGAUGGAAAACGGUUUGGAGGAGCUGAAGCUUCUACAGACAGUGCUGGUGCUGCUCACUACGAACACAGUGGUCCACGACGAAGCACUUUCCAAGGCCAUUGUGCUGUGUUUCCGUCUCCACUUCACCAAGGACAACAUCACCAACAACACGGCGGCUGCCACCGUCCGGCAGGUAGUCACCGUGGUCUUCGAGCGGAUGGUGUCUGAGGAUGAGCGUUUCAAAGGUAUUGUGGAGCAGCCUCCUCCUGUCCAGGGCAAUACCAACAGGCGGUCUGUCACCACUUUGAGGCCCAGUGCAAAAGAUGCAUAUAUGCUCUUCCAGGACCUGUGCCAGCUGGUGAAUGCCGACGCCCCCUACUGGCUGGUGGGGAUGACGGAGAUGACACGGACGUUUGGCCUGGAGCUGUUGGAGUCUGUCCUCAAUGAUUUCCCCGGCGUAUUCCUACAGCACCAGGAGUUCAGUUUCUUGUUGAAGGAGCGUGUGUGUCCGCUCGUCAUUAAGCUCUUCUCCCCUAAUAUCAAGUUCCGCCAGGGGAGCAGUAGCGCCGCCUCACCGGCCCCCGUGGAGAAGCCCUACUUCCCCAUCUGUAUGCGACUGCUGCGCGUGGUCUCGGUGCUCAUCAAGCACUUCUACAGCCUGCUGGUAACAGAGUGUGAGAUAUUCUUGUCUCUGCUUGUGAAGUUUUUGGAUGGAGAAAAGCCUCAGUGGCUAAGAGCCGUGGCCGUAGAGUCGGUACACAGGCUGUGUGUACACCCACAUUUAUUACGUUCAUUCUGCCAAUCGUAUGACAUGAAGCAGCACUCCACCAAGGUGUUCAGAGACAUCGUCAAUGCCCUGGGCUCCUUUAUCCAGUCCCUCUUCAUCGUUCCUAAUGUGGGCAAUGCUUCAGCUGUCAACGCACCAGCUGGUGGCUCGGCUUCAGGGCCCCAGGGCACGGCUCAGAGCGGUGCAGGCCCAGGAGGCAUCAGUGGAACCCUGAUUACCCAGGCUGCUUUUGAAUACAGAGGCAUCUGGAUCCCCCUGAUGACGGUCAGCGCCCAGGGCAGUGCCAAGGCCACCUACCUGGAAAUGCUGGACAAAGUGGAGCCGCCAUCCAUCCCUGAGGGUUAUGCCAUGUCAGUGGCCUUCAGCGCCCUGCUGGACCUGGUCCGAGGCAUCACCACCAUGAUUGAAAAGGAGCUGGCCGCGGAGGAGGAGGCGGCCGCUGAGUCCAGAGAGGCUCAGCCUGACCUCAAGUGGGAGCCGCCACCUGGAACUCAUUUGGUGUGGGAGGAGAUGGUCAGUGCCUGCUGGUGUGGUCUGCUCGCCGCCUUGUCACUGUUGCUUGACGCCAGCACUGACGAGACAGCCACGGAGAACAUCCUGAAGGCCGAACUGACCAUGGCCUCUCUAUGCGGCCGCCUAGGCCUAGUGACUCCACGCGACGCCUUCAUUACGGCCAUCUGCAAGGCUUCGCUACCGCCGCACUACGCCCUGACCGUUCUCAGCAGCAACGCUGCCAACCUGUCCAGCAAAGCCUACUCAAUCCAGGGCCAGAGUGUGCAGAUCAUCAGCCCCUCCAGCGAGUCUCAUCAGCAGGUGGUGGCUGUUGGGCAGCCACUCAGCGCCCAGCCCCAAGGAACUGUUGUGCUAACGGCCAAGAACAUUCAGUGCAUGCGGACCCUCUUGAACCUGGCCCACUGCCAUGGCGCCGUGCUGGGCUCCUCCUGGCAGCUGGUCCUGGCCACACUGCAGCACUUAGUGUGGAUCCUGGGACUGAAGCCAAGUGUGGGGGGCGCCCUCAAACCUGGCAGAGCCGUGGAGGGACCAAGUACGGUGUUGACCACGGCUGUGAUGACCGACUUGCCCGUCAUAUCGAACAUUCUGUCCAGGCUUUUUGAGAGUUCCCAGUACCUGGAUGAUGUUUCCCUUCAUCACUUGAUCAACGCUCUGUGUUCUCUCUCGCUGGAAGCCAUGGAAAUGGCCUACGGGACCAACAAAGAGCCCUCCCUGUUCGCUAUUGCCAAGCUGCUGGAGACUGGUCUGGUGAACAUGGAUCGUAUAGAGAUUCUGUGGAGGCCUCUUACUGGACACUUACUGGAGGUCUGUCAGCACCCGAACUCCAGGAUGAGGGAGUGGGGGGCUGAGGCGUUGACGGCUCUCAUCAAAGCUGGCCUGGACUACAAGCACGAGCCGCCGCUAAGCCAGAACCAGCGACUGCAGCUUCUGCUGCUAAACCCCCUGAAGGAGUUGUCCAACGUUCUGCACGCAGACAUCCGACAGAAGCAGCUGGAGAGUGUCUUGCAAAUCCUCCAGAGCCAGGGGGACAGUCUGGGCCCCGGCUGGCCCCUCGUCUUGGGGGUCAUAGGAGCUAUCCGCAAUGAUCAAGGCGAGACGUUGAUCCGAACAGCCUUCCAGUGCCUGCAGUUGGUGGUGACAGAUUUCCUACCAACCAUGCCUUGCAUGUGCCUCCAGAUUGUAGUGGAUGUCGCCGGAAGUUUUGGCCUGCAGAACCAGGAGCUCAACAUUAGCCUCACCUCUAUCGGUCUACUGUGGAAUAUUUCAGACUACUUCUUCCAAAGGGGUGAAGCCAUCACAAAGGAGUUGGAGAGGGAGGAGGAAGUCCAGCAAAAGCAGGCCAGGGAGAAAGGAGAGACCCUGAACAGGCCCUUCCACCCAGCCCCUCCCUUUGACUGCCUGUGGCUGUGCUUGUAUGCCAAGUUAGGCGAGCUGUGUGUGGAUCCAAGGCCCGCUGUGCGUAAAAGCGCCGGGCAGACGUUGUUUUCCACUAUCGCUGCGCAUGGGACCUUGCUGCAUCAGCCAACGUGGCAUAUUGUGGUCUGGAAGGUGUUGUUCCACUUGCUGGACUGCGUCCGGACGUCGUCCACCACAGCAGACAAGGAGAAGAUAGAGUCCGGCGGCGGGAACAUCCUUAUUCACCACUCACGUGACACAGCAGAGAAACAGUGGGCCGAGACCUGGGUGCUGACCUUGGCUGGGGUUGCCCGCAUUUUCAAUACCAGGCGCUACCUCCUCCAAAAGUUAGGCGACUUCUUCAAGGCCUGGGAGGUUCUCCUGACCCACAUCCAGUCGGCCUCACUCAGCAAGAACAAUGAAGUGUCCCUAGCUGCCCUCAAGAGCUUUCAAGAGAUCCUGCAAAUCGUUACACCUGUGAGAGACUCUGACAAAGCAGGCGACGCAUUCGCCGCUAUGGGGGUCCCACCAGUCCUCAUCGAUCCCCUCUCGGCCUCUGGUCCCGGCAGACCGCUGGUGCGUUCCGAUUCACUCGUGGAGCGGCUGACGUGCUACAACGGCGCCGAGCUGCAGGCUCCUCCUCCGGGGGAGGAGUCGGCCUUGGUGGACUUAGCGUUGUGGUGGUCCGCGUGGAACACGUGGUACCGGACGGGAACGGACAGCACCAGGCCACCUAAUGGCCAGACGGAGAAGCUCUCCUUUAUCCCCAGCCAGCCCUUCCUCACAGCGCUCAUCCAGAUUUUCCCUGCGCUGUACCAGCACAUCAAGGCCAACUUCAGCAUGGAGGACCUGAAGAAACUGGGGGUCAUUCUCCACGGAGCUGUGUCGGUGCCCAUCAGCAGCGACGCCUCCCCCUUCAUCCUGCCCUCCUACACCGAGGCCGUGCUCACCAGCCUGCAGGAAGCUGUGCUCACUGCUCUGGAUGUUUUGCAGAAGGCCAUCUGUGUGGGCCCAGAGAACCUGCAGGUCAUGUACCCGGCCAUCUUUGAACAGCUGCUACUCUUCGUGGAGUUCUCCUGCAAGCCUCCGCAGUACGGCAGGAUGGAAACCAAACACGUGGCCAAUGCCAAAUACAACCAGAUCCAGCUCUUUGCGCCGGCAGAGUGGGUUGCCUUAAACUACGUGCCCUUUGCUGAGCGCUCGCUGGAAGUGCUGGUGGAGCUGUACCAUAAAACAGCAUGCCACAAGGCAGUCAUCAACGAGAAGGUCCUGCAGAGCAUCAUCAAGACACUGAGAAUGCCUCUGGGUUUGAAGUAUGCUUGUCCGUCCGAGAGCACCUGGAAGCUGGCCGUCUCCUCCCUGCUCAAGGUUCUGUCCAUCGGGCUGCCAGUGGCCCGCCAGCACUCCUCCUCUGGGAAGUUUGACACCAUGUGGCCCGAGCUGGCCAACGCCUUCAAAGACUUUCUUUUUACUAAAAGCUCGUCUCCAGAUAACUUGUCCAUUCAGGAAUUUCAGAAGAAUGAAGCCAUUGACGUGGAGGUGGUCCAGCUGAUCAGCACGGAAAUUUUACCUUUUGCCAAUUUCAUCCCCAAAGAUUUUGUGGGUCAGAUCAUGGCUAUGCUCAACAAAGGCUCCAUCCACUCACAGUCGCCUUCAUUCACAGAGGCCGAGAUCGACGUGCGCAUGCGGGAGGAGUUUUCCAAGGUGUGCUUUGAGACACUGCUGCAGUUCUCCUUCAGCAACAAGGCAUCCACGCCGCAGGAGGGCUUCAUCUCGCGCAUGGCGCUCUCUGUGCUCCUCAAAAGGUCCCAGGAUGUCCUGCAGCGCUACGUCGAGGAUGAGCGCCUGAGCGGACGUUGCCCCCUGCCCAGGCAACAGGUGACAGAGAUUAUUUUUGUCCUGAAGGCCAUCAGUACUUUGAUGGACUCACUGAAGAAGACUCAGCCUGAAAACGUGGACGACAACACGUGGGCUCAGGUGAUCGCCUUGUACCCCACUCUGGUGGAGUGCAUCACAUGCUCCUCCUCUGAAGUGAGCUCGGCCCUGAAGGAGGCCCUGGGGCCAUUUAAGGACUUCAUGCAGCCCCCCAUCUCCAGAUUCCACAAUGGAGAUUCCUGACUUCUUUUUUGCCUUCUUUUUAAACAAUGAAGGAAUCUUGAAUGUGUCUUCUUGAUCCAGGUGCUUUAUAAGUGCACACACACACUCAAAAGAACUCCACUCGAGCCACAUCCACAAUGACCUGAGGCGACGACCUGAAGGCCAAAAGCAGAUGAUUGGUCAUUGGGUGUCCAGCUGUUCUCCUCCCUCCAUUCUCAUAAUUAGACUGACCAGACUCAAUGUAUGUACAGCAUGAGGUUGGUGAGGAAACGAGGAGAGAAAAUUGGGCCUGGUUGGUCUGAAAGUGAACUUUUUUUUGUUUUUGUUUUCCAACAGUGACGAUUUUAUGCAAGGAAAUAAAUCUAAGCUGCAACAUUCCAUGUCAUCUUUAGCCAACCAUCUGUGAAGGGACGUACUCACUGAAAAUAAAUGGGACAAUUCUACAAUCA